GCAAUUUGGAAUUCAGAGAAUUGGGCCCGUGGCCCCGGCACCUGACCGAGCGCCAUGGGUCUUAUGAAAAUCCUGAGGUCAUGGGUCGCAAAGUUGUAUACUUGUCUUCACGCCAUGUUCCACCAAAAAGUUUUUGACUUCGCUCUGUACCCAUUGACUUGGAGAGGAAAAUGAAGCAAGAGGAGAAGGCACUGUGGCAUGCAUUUUGGUCUUUUUGUGGCCGUGUCUUGCCGAAAGUAUGUUUAAGUCAGGAGAUCCGCCUGCUGAUGUUGGGCCUGGACAAUGCAGGCAAGACUACAAUCUUGAAGAAGUUCAAUGGAGAGCCGGUGGAUACGAUCUCCCCCACGUUGGGCUUCAACAUAAAAACAGUGGAGUACGAAGGCUACAAGCUUAACAUCUGGGAUGUUGGUGGCCAAAGAACGAUCCGAAGUUAUUGGAGGAAUUACUUCGAGGCCACCGACGGCUUGAUUUGGGUUGUUGAUUCUGCAGAUAGGCAACGGCUUGAGGACUGCAAGCAAGAGCUGGAAAGGCUGUUGCAGGAGGAGCGGCUAGCAGGUGCUACUCUUCUGAUCUUUGCGAACAAGCAGGAUCUUCCAGGGGCAAUGAACGCUUCUGAAAUUCGGGAUUUCUUGCAACUUGACCAGAUCAAAAGACGUCACUGGUGUAUUUUGGCCUGCUCGGCAUACACCGGUGAGGGCCUUUUGGAAGGAGUGAAGUGGCUAGUUGCAGACAUUUCUUCGAGGAUAUUCUGUCUGGAUUAAUCGAUCCGGUGAAAA